CGCAAUCAAUCGGAGAUCGAUCUCGUUUCCCUCUCUUCCUUCUCCUAUACAAUACCCUGCUCACUUCUUGAAUUGCUCCGCGCCGAAACGCGCGCAUGCACCCCAUGAACAUGACGAGCUGCGAAUUCGCCGCCGUCCGCCUCCCUGGCCACCCGGCGCUCCGGCCGAGCCGCAGUCGACCAUCUCCGACGCCCCCGCCGCCACCCGCCGUAGCCAAUAAGAAACCAGCUGCCUCCUCCGUGCGUUGCACGUCGUCCCGCCGCGACGAUGCGGAGUUUGGCUGCAACGGCGGCGGCGGGCGUAUAGUGGACGAGGGGAUGGUCGUCCUGCGCCGACGGAUCCACGAGAUGGAAGCCGCGGAGCGCGGCUGGGAUCCUCCCGAGGAGUGGGCGGCGUGGGAGAAGGAAUGGUACGCCACGUACGACGCCGACGUCUGCCAGCAGCUCGUCGGCGUCCUCCAGGCGUUCCUCGUCAACUCCCGGCCAGGCGUCGGCGUGGGCCUCGUCGCCGUGCUCAUGCUCGCAGUUCCGGCCUCCGCCUUUGUCCUCGUCUCACUCCUCCUCGACGCUUCACGGGCGGUCGUCUCCAAUCUGCACCACCACUGAUCAAAACGACAACGUGUGCAUGACAUUCUUUCGUUCCUUAACGCGCCAUAUACAUACCUAAUGAUUCUGAAUUUCUGAUGCG